AUGGCGCUGCUGAACACCACGCUGCAGACGCUGGUGGUUCGGCUGCGGGACAUCUCCGGCAACGUCACACAGCAGAAGCUGCACAACCGCGUGUUUGACGCGUACGAGGCGAAGUCCCUCGCCUUUGAGGUGAUCACGCCUGCUCAACAAGCCGUGAUGCAGCAGUUUGGCGGGCGCAUCCCCCAACUGCACCCCAUUGGGCAGCCGCUGCUGGUGGACUCGUGGGCGGAGUUGGUGCAGCUUCACAAACCGGAAAACCAAUAUCAACUGAUGCCACGCAAGGCCCGCUCCAACGGAGCCUACGGCGUAUUGAAGGCCAUCUGCUGGAGCGCCGGGUCGCCCUUCACGAUGGAGAAUUGUCUCGAGCCGAUGGACUACAAGCUCGUCUUCAAAGCGGCACAGGAUCACGAGGUUCGCAACGAGUUCAACUUGAAGAACGCCGAUAAAGUCUCACAAACGAUUUUCUUAGAUGGGCUAAUGCAAUCACCAGCAGCGUCCGCGUUGCUGAUGUUUCAAAACUCCCUCACACCGGGGCAUGUGAACAGCUUAAUGGGAUGCCACCAAUUCCUUUCUUUCUUUAUGAAGCUGCCUGACGAUGGAGAUCGCCACCGGCAACUCAAAGAGAACUACAGGGCGCUGCUGGCAAACCCAACACACUUGUUUCUCGGCACCAACACCGUGCCAGGGCGCGAGCUACUGAACUACGCAAAGUCGAAGAACAUCUUUGUGUACGCGAAGAAAGGACUUGUUUAUCAGUAUGUCGUGUAA